GCCAAUGAUCACCGAAGCAGAACAAAAACAAUCGGUUCGCUACUGGCUGUACGGCAUCGAACUGCUAAAAUUUAUGACGGAAGAAGGUUUAAUUGAUCGCCAAGAGCUACUUAAUUGGAUAAUCGAAUUGCUGGAAAAAUGCGCUCGCAACCAAACGAUGACGGUUUACUACGAUUAUAUUUGCCUUUAGCAUUACAAUAUUUGGAUGAUUUUGUCCAAUCAGAGCUGUUAUCGCGUCGAUUAGGACAUUUAUGCUGUAAAAAAUUGGGCUUAAUGUUAAAUGCGAGUGAUCCACUCGUUAUGACAUCCCCGCAUGGUUUGACUGAUAGUAAAACCGAACGGGAUCGAGAACGAGACAGGCUGGAGGAGAAAAAAGACACGCAGAGUAAUAACACUCAGCAGACGACACUGCAAGAGCUGCAAAACUGUGCGCAUCAUCGCGAUAUAGUUCUACAAUUAAGUUGUAUUAUAGAAACGAUUUGUUUAGAAUGUCCUACAGCGUUUGUAUGGUGUGGAGUCGGACUUGGUUCAGUUUGGCAUGGAUCACCAUUAGAUUUCUUACCGGUAGCGCCAUCUACACUUCCAAUUCCAUCUAGAUGCGAGGCGAUGUCUUAUCGGAAACAAAUUCAACAAGUCGAAGCAAAUAUUAGGGAGCGGAGUAAACGAGCGGAAAGUCGAUGGUGUAUGGAUAAAGUACAACAAUCUUCAACAGGUACAAUUACGAAUCGAGUUCUUGCUGCGUUGGAUGCAUUGGAUAGGCAUAGAUUUGACAGGAUGGACACAUCUAAUUCUUUAGACACACUGUAUACGAAAGUGUUUAAUAAUAACGACAAUGAGAAUGCAGUGGUGAAGUUGUUGUGUGAAUGGGCAGUGUCGCCAGAACGCGCUGGUGAACAUCGAGCUUUGGCUGUUGCGGCACUGCUUGAUAGGCGCCAGUCAGAUGCGAAUAAUAACGAACAGGAGGCGAAGGAAGGCGAUGAUAAAGACAGCAAUGUGAGUGUACCUGGUGGACCGCCAUUGUUUCAAAAUUUACUGAUGAAGUUUUUGGAUACUGAUGCGCCGGUUCCGUCGCCUGAUGACAGCGCGCAGAAGAAAACGGCGUUUUCGAAUCUUGUACAUUUGUUUGCGGAGCUGAUACGGAGAGAUGUGUUCUCGCACGAUGCGUAUAUGUGUACGCUGAUUUCUAGAGGUGAUUUGUUGGGGCAGGAUGAUGUUACUGAGACACAACAGAUUACUCAUCCUAAAUUAGAGGAGCAACCUCAUCAAAUGGACUAUGAUGAUUUCAAAGUCGACGCGGACUUGGAUAAAAUCCUGCAAGAUAUCAAAGAAGACCAACAAAACUCGAUGGACAUUCCUGACUCGCCGAAGGACCACGAUCAUUCCCACCAUGCACAUGUUCCUAGUUCAAUGGGCGCCGUUGCUAUGGAAGCCGACCACCAUCCCGACUCGAAAACAAAACUUUCACGACAUUUUAUUUAUACUACGCAUUUUCCACUGUGUCAGGACGAUCCUUACAGCCAACAUGAUUGUAAUCAACGGCAUGUUUUGCUUUAUGGUGUCGGUAAAGUUCGUGAUGAAGCACGGCACACUGUGAAGAAAAUGUCCAAGGAAAUUUGUAAAUUAUUCUCGAAAAAGUUUAGCAUCGAUGUCGCCGAGGGUGGAAAAGUAAAGAAACACUCACGCAAUGAGUUUAACUUUGAAGCAACCACAACGAAAUGCCAGAGUUUAAGUUACUUCGAUCAGCAUGUUGUUACCUACCAAUGCAGUGUCACUGUCGUCGAGAUGCUGAAUUCGUUUGCGACUGGCAGUUCGAAUUAUUUGCCCGUGCAAGAGCAUGUGGCAUUCUUAUUCGACUUAAUGGAACUGGCACUGAAUAUCUACGGAUUGAUUGAUGUAUGUAUUCAGAUCCUGAAGGAAUUGCCUGAAGUUGAAGCGCAAUUGUUUUCGAAAAACUCUGUUCUGGCAAGGAAUUACACAACGGGAUUAAGUUUAUAUGUUGUGGGUGUAUUGCGGAGGUAUCAUUGCUGCUUAUUGCUAUCACCUGAACAGACUUCGGCCGUUUUUGAGGGUUUGUGCCGCGUGGUGAAACACGUCUCCAAUCCUGGUGAUUGUUCCUCAGCAGAACGUUGCAUUCUCGCGCAUUUAUACGAUCUCUAUUCAUCUUGCAACCUAUUGAAAUCAAAACCGCACACUGUUGAGCCAUUCGGUAACGCUUAUCCUAAAAUCAGGCAAGCUUUAUACACAGCGUUACAACCCACGCCGAGCAGUAGCUAUGUGUACAGUGCUAGUUUUAUGCAAGAAGUGUUUGCGAGUCCUCGAAGAGGUGGAAAGGUGGAAAGUACUUGGGUGCGACAACUUGGGGAAAAUGGCAAUAACAGAUAUUCAUUUGUUAGCAACGCAGUAAUGUACGUCUGCAGAGAAAUCGAUAAUGAACGCCUCAACGACCUAUCGAUAAUGUGUGCAGAAAUGACUGCAUGUUGCAAUACACUGGCAGCAGAAUGGUUGGGCGCGUUGCUAGCCCUUUGCUGCCCCAUGUCACAUCCGGGCUACUACACCGACCUGCAUAAAAACCUGGACAUUCAGGACGCAUCCAUUCACAAUGCGCUUGCUGUCUUCACGUGCAUACUAAUCGCACGCCAUUGCUUCUCGUUGGAAGAUUUUGUUGGACGCGUAGCGUUACCCAGUUUACUGAAAGUGAAAACACUAGAUAAUGGCGGCGGUGCAGCCGAGGGUGGUAUGCGAUUGACAUGCCACCUUUUACUAAGGCUGUUUCGUACUGCAGAAGGCCCUCAACCGGGGUUAUACUCGGUUGGUAGUCCACCACUUACACCUAGACCUUCUUUGGGAGUGAGGUUAAGUUGUGAUCGACAUUUGCUAGCGGCUGCGCAUCGGAAUAUCCACGUGGGACCGGUUUUGGCUGUGCUUAAGGCAAUUUUAGUUGUGGGGGAUGCCACCGCCAAGGAAGGCACGGAAUUAAGUAUAUCACACAUUUUAGGAACGAGUGAUCUCAUGGCGGGUGGUGAACCAUCAUUGGAAUUAACGGCGGAUAUGGAUAUCUGUGGGGCGAGGAUCGCACUUAGGCAAUCCAACAAUGGCAGCAAUGAAAGCACGGCAUCCUUAUCAGCAUUUGCGUGUCAUGUUCUUCGCGAGAUUUGUUCGCAACAAUGGGUGCUUGAGAGAUGCCUCUGUCAUCCGGAGGAACUAUGUCAUCCCGACAAUCUUCUGGAUCCGGUUUUGAGUCAUUCGCAGGCUCAGCGACUAUUGCACAUGAUUUGUUAUCCGGACAUUAGCAGCGCCAUUGAUGAACUGGACCAGAAGAGUAUGAUUAGUCGAAUAUUAGAGAAUUUGGAAUUGUGGACGUUACGAAUGUCCUGGUUGGAUCUUCAACUGAUGUUCAAACAGUUUAGCGCAAAUUCACCGGAAUUAAGUCAAUGGCUUGAGACGGUCGCAAAAGCAGCAAUUGACGUAUUUCAAUUGAGUUCUCCAUCGCCCGAGAGUGGAUCAGAAGAUAAAAAGCACGAUACUGCUAAAAGUAUAUGGCUCGUCGCGCCUUUAAUCUCGAAACUGCCGAGUGCUGUCCAGGGUCGUGUACUGAAAGUUGCCGGUCAAGUCCUAGAAACGAACGGUUGGAUACGUGAACCUAAGGUUAAACGCACACGCGAAGAUGUGCAAUCCAUCCUGUCACACCAACCAUUUCUUAGUUUAGUAUUGUCAUGCUUGAAAAACCAAGAGGAUGGCCAGCGUGAAGGUCUUCUUUCCUCGUUACAUAACCAACUAUCACAACUAGUGUCAUUAGCGCGUGAGGGAAACCUAACCGAUAUUUGUAACACCGAGCGGACUUUAGAUGGUCUGCAAUUGAGGUUUUCAUUGGUUGGUGGCGUGUUUGAGGCGUUCCAGCGUAGUAUACCGGUUACUACCGAUUGGGCGCUGUUAUUAGUACAACUUGUUACGAAUAAUUUAGUAGAUUUACACACGCACAGCGAUCUGUUUACGACUGUCAUUGAUAUGUUGGCAACAUUAGUGCAUUCGGCGCUUGCAUCGGAUCAACAAGACGAUGGUAGGAAGACCUAUCAGAAUUUGACGAAGAAGUUAAAACGUGAAAUCGGAGAGCGCCAGAGUUCGAGUUUGCAACAUAUUAGGCAAUUAUUGCCACUGACAAGGGUCGCAUGCGAAUUGAUUGCUGUGGAGCCGACUGGUUGUAUUACUGAUAACAAGGGCAACAAGAUUAGUUUUGACAGUAUUGAUAAAAAGCAUGGAUUGCAGGUGUCAGAUAAGCAGAAGGUUAGUCCUUGGGAUGUGUUGGAGGGUAUGAAGAACCCUGCUCCAUUAUCGUGGGCAUGGUUUGGAGCGGUCCGACUUGAGCGACGACCACUUGCAUGUGAAGAUACUCAUCGUUUGUUGAAGUAUCACACACAUAAUCUACAGAAACCAGUGUCGCAUUAUUUGGAACCACCGCCAUUACCACCAGAAGAUUUGGAACCCGUACCUGAUAAACCGUUAAAAGAGCUUGAAAUGAAGGCUGACACACCCUCGUCUGUGGAUCAGUCACCACACGGCACCACCAUCGGCAAGAAGGGUCAGAAACGCGGACGAACGAAGAAGUCGAAAGCUGCAGCGGCGGCCGCGGCUGCCGCCACACCACCUACUGUACCGGUGCCAAACAUGUUGGGCCAAUCACCGCUUGGCCAGACUCCCCCUCCGCAAAUGUCGGGCAUGCAGAAUGUUUCUGGCCCGACUCCACCCCUUCAACAUAUGGGUUAUGGUGGAGGUAUGCAGCAGCAACCGCAACCACAACAGCAAUUCCAGCAGGCUAAUCCAAACCAAGGGCAACAGCAAUGGUAUAAUGCUCAACAACAGCAGCAAGCCCCACAGCAACAACCGCAGGGUGGUUAUUAUCCUGGUCCUCAACAAAUGCCAAAUGCAGCAAUGGCGAAUCGUUUUGAACGUCCGCAAAUGACGCAAUCGAAAGCAGCACUGUCCAAUAUGCUGCGCCAACGUCAUCCCCUCAACACUCCGCCAUUUAUGAGCGGCCCUCAAGGCCAACAGAACGUUCCUGGCCCCGCGCCGGUUCCACAGGGUGGUUAUCCGGCCGGUAUGCAACGGCAGUUUGCUCGCCAACCUGGCAUACGUCAACAACAUCCCGGUGCAAUGCAACCCAAUCAAGGAAUGUUCCCAGCGUACGGUAAUAUCCCAACCGGUAUGAAUCAGCAGUAUGCUGGUAACUACGGUGGUAAUGCAAUGAUGCCGAACAAUCAGCAGAUGAUGCAAGGCCAGCAGAACUCGGCCGCCAUGUUCCAGCAGCAGAACUUUGGCGGACCUCAACGUGCCCCACAGCCAGACUAUCGCGGAAUGCCACAGGGAGCUCCGCCACGUGGCCAAUACAUGCAGCAGGCGCCUAAUGUCACCAUGAAUGCCAACAUGAACAAUCCAAUGGCCGGUAUGGCAACUGCGCAAGGUCCAGCGCCACCAUAUUCACGAGCGGGCAACCAAGCAGGAGUACCAAUGAAUCCAGGAAUGGGUAUGCAACAACAACAACAGCAACAGAAUCAGUUCCAACAGCAGCGCAUGCGUCAGCAAAUGUUGGCGAUGCAACAACAACAGCAGCAGCAACAACAACAACAUCAAGGCGGUGGUGGGCAAGUGCCCGGCGGGCCUCAGCAACAAGCGCCCGCUUUAGUAGCGCACUUGCGACAAAUGAAUAGCAAUCAAUAUCCGCAGCAACCUCCUCCGUAUAAUAUGGGUUAAUAGUUUUAAGUAAGUUUUUUUUUAAUUUUUUGAUUUAUUUAUGAUGACGACCACGAUUUAAAUUUUAAAAACAAA